AUGGCGAGCCCGCGGUCGGCCGGAGGCGGCGUCGCGGGGGACGAGGCGAUCUGGAGGAAGCUGCGCGAGGCCGGGUUCGACGAGGACGCCGUCAGGCGCCGGGACAAGGCGGCGCUCAUCGGCUACAUCUCGCGGCUCGAGUCAGAGAUUUAUGAUUACCAGCACAAUCUUGGGCUUAUUUUAUUGGAGCGGAAGGAGUUGACGUCCAAAUAUGAACAGCUUAAAGCUUCUUCUGAAGCCACUGAGAUCAUGCUCAAGCGAGAACGAGCAUCCCAGCAGUCUGCUUUAGCUGAAACAAGAAAGAGGGAAGAAAACCUCAAAAAAAAUCUAGCCAUUCAGAAAGAGUGCAUAUCAAAUCUUGAAAAGGCACUUCAUGAUAUGCGUGGGGAAACAGCUGAAGUAAAAGUUUCAUAUGAAGCAAAACUGGCUGAAGCCCUUCAAAUGAUAGAGACGGCGCAGAAAAAGUUUGAUGAAGCAGAAGAGAAACUUCUCACUGCAAAAUCUUUAGAAGCAGAGUGCAUUCGAACUCGCAAUACCUCUCUGAGAAGUCUGCAAGACAUUGAAGAUCGUGAAGAUCAGCUAAGAAGAUACCGAACUUCUUUAGAACUUGAGAAUGCAUCAAAAGAGAAAGAGAUUAACCUCCUGAGGAAAUCGUUGGAUGAUACCAAAAAACUUUUGCAUGUAAAGGAGCAAUCUUUACUGAAAGAACAACUACUUCUUAAUCAGAGGGAUGACAACAUCCUUGAGAGACUUGGAUACAUAACUCGCUCAGAGAAAAGGUUGGAGGAGGAAAAGUUAAAUCUCGAAGAUGAAAGAAAGGUUCUUUUGGAAGAGAAAAAUAAGCUGGAUCUGAACAUGCAGGCAAUUAUUUCUAGGGAGGAAGCUAUAAUUCAGAAGGAAUCCAUACUUGACAAACGUGAAAGUGAACUAUUGGUUCUCCAAGAGACCAUUGCAAGCAAAGAAAGGGCUGAAAUAGAAAGGCUGCUGCGUCAAGAGCAAGAAGUUGCCUUGGUGAGAAGGCAGGAAUUUGACACUGAGAUGGAAAUUAAGCUUGCUUCUUUUGAGGAAGAGAUUGAUGCGAGGAAAGCCUUGCUGGAUCAGAGGGAAACUGCCAUCAAUGAGCAGGAGGAUGCAGUGGCACAAAGGGAACAAAAUCUCAACCUUGGGCUUGCUGAAUUAGCGAACAAGGAAGAAUCUUUGGUGAAGAAAUCAGAUGAGUUAAGGGAGGAAGAGAAAAGGCUCUCCUCUGAGAGAGAGACGCUGCACAUGGAACUGCAAAAAGAAAAAGAGGAAAUUCGGAACAUGAAAUUGGAUUUAGAGAAGGAAAAUUCUUUCUUUGAGGAGGAGAAGCGUGAAGCAAUUGAAGCUCAGGAGAAUCUAGCAAUAACCCAAAAUGAACGAGAAGAUUUACAAAGUUUGCAGGUGAAACUUAAAGAUGAAAUUGACAGUCUGAGAGCCCAAAAAGUUGACCUAAUGGUUGAUGCAGAAAGGUUAUUAGCAGAAAAAGAAAGGUUUGAGAUUGAAUGGGAGUUGAUCGAUGAGAAGAAGGACGAACUACAAAAGGAGGCAGCCAGGAUUGCUGAAGAACGAAGAGUAAUGGAUGAGCAUCUCAAGAACGAACUUGAUAUUAUCAAACAAGAGAAGGAAAAUCUCCGUGUUCAGUUCAAAAGUAGUGCAGAAUCCCUUGCUCGUGAACAUGAUGAAUUCAUGAAUAAGAUGCAGCAAGAGCAUGCUAGUUGGCUAAGCAGGAUACAACAAGAAAGAGAAGAUCUGAAGAAAGACAUUGAUAUCCAGCGAAUAGAGUUACUGAAUUCUGCAAAGGCAAGGCAGAUGGAAAUAGAUUCAUAUUUAAGGGAAAACGAAGAGGAGUUUAAGCAGAAAAAAUCUAAGGAACUUGAGUACAUCAAUUCUGAAAAGGAAACUAUCAGCUCAAAACUAGAACAUGUCAGGCUUGAAUUGCAAAAACUUGAGGAAGAGAGGAAAGGAGCUAUGCUGGAGAGAGAGAGGAGAGAGCAAGAGCUGUCUGAAAUGAAGAACACUAUAGACGCGCUUAAUGAGCAACGCGAGAAGUUGCAAGAGCAAAGAAAACUGCUUCAUUCAGACCGAGAAUCAAUUACACUGCAAAUCCAGCAGCUUAAUGAGUUAGAAGAGCUGAAGAUUGAGUCUGAGAACAAGCAACUGUCUUUGAGACAGUGUGGGAAAUCAAAGCAUGUUGGUGUGGAAAACCUGAAAGAGAAUGGUGUUCACCUAUCUCCUGAUGAGUAUCAAAAUGCUAGUACAAAACAAACUAGUGUAAAGAAAUUGGAAGUGUCCCCCUCAGUCUCCACCCCAAUUUCUUGGGUCAGAAAAUGUGCUCAGGUGUUUAUAUUCAAACGCUCUCCAGAGAAGAGUGCUGAUCCCCACAAUGAUAGAUUGGUACCUGCAAAGUUGGCUGAUGUCAUUGACUCCAGCUUAGCUGCUGCCUAUUCAGAUGGAAUAUUUGCUCAUCAGCUGGAAAAUGGUGCUGGGAAAGUACCACAAACUGUCGAUGGCCUGAAAGUUGGGAAAAAGAGGCUUAAUAAUGCACUCUCGCAUGGUGACUCUGAAAUUUUACAGCCAAAACGAAAGCAGCAAAGGAGCACUACUCGGACUUUGAGAGUGAUUGGAGGAGAAAUUGAUUCCAACUGCAGUCCAUCAGUUCUAGAAGAAAAUGUUCAAAGAAUGAACAUGAUGCAGUCCCAGUUGGUUUAUGUGGGAAGGGACCGCAUAAUUCCCCAAGCAGGAGAACUGGCUUCAUCUGAUGAUGUACUCUUAGUAAAUGGGAAAUCAGAUGCUUCCCAGCAUUCAGAGGAUAUUUCAGUGUCUGCAACUGAGCCAUCAAACGGACAUGGUGUUGUGGACUCCGAGGACAAGGAUGAACCAGAUGAGGACUCUGAUGAUGAAGACGAGGAGGAAGAGAAGGCGUCAUCAGCAAAGAAGAUUUGGCGUUUUCUCAUCACAUGA